AUGGUCAUACAUGCCAGCGGAUUGGACGAGAGCAAAGGUGGUAUAGCGAAGGUGGGGAAACAAAACCUACAACCUGGCUCAUAUCGACCAAUAAGCCUUACAUCAUUUCUGCUGAAGAUCCUGGAAAAGGUGUUGGAUGGGCAUAUUAGGGGAAGGAUCCUUACGUCUAAUCCCCUGAAUGUCCGACAAUAUGCCUAUCAGCAGGGGAAAUCAACAGAACUGUCCCUCAACAAUUUGGUGGGGGAAAUUAAGAACACCUUUAAUCGCAAGGAAAUUGCGGUAGGGAUUUUCUUAGACAUUGAGGGAGAAUUUAACAAUGUUACCCCUCAAUCGCUCCUAGGCGCUGUAAAAGCCCGUGGAGUCGAAGCAACCAUAACUGAAUGGAUUGAGCAAAUGCUCAAAAAUCGAAUAGCAACGACCUCGCUCAGCGGUGAGUCCGUCAGGUUUGUUCCGGGCAGGGGAUGCCCGCACAAGGAGGAGUUCUCUCUCCUCUUCUGUGGACCCUGUUAG